UGUCGCAAAAGCUACUUUCAUAUAUUUUCUUUGUUUUUUAAUUGGGUAUUCCUCCAAAAUAAUUAUGUUUCUUUCGUCAAUUCACCAAUUCACCAAUUUCAACACUUGUGUAUAUAAUAUCAUCCUUGCCCUAUCCAUUGUCGCUUUUCUUUUGCAUGCCAAUGUUAUUCAAUCGAUUGUUGGGAGAAUUAGAAGCUGGGUUCCAUUUAGUUGCUGCAAUUAUUUCUAGCCUGCCGGCAUCUCAAUGAUGAAACAAGAAUCAUCAGAGGUGUUGGAAAAACAUGCAGGCACGGGCUCUCGUGUGAGGGGGGAUAGUGAAUAUGUUAGACUGGUCAUACCUGAUGAAUCAAGGGCUGUUGAAUCUGAAAUCUUGCUGCCUCGACCAGAAUCAAGAUUAAAGUCUUUCUGGUGGUGGAUUAAAUCCUUUUUAUGGUGUGUUGUCAUUGUGAUACUUGCUUUUAUUCUUAUCAGAUGGGGAGUGCCACUGUUUUUUGAAAAGGUUAUUUACCCAUUUAUGGAAUGGGAAGCUACUGCCUUUGGCCGUCCAGUUCUUGCUAUGAUACUUGUUGCUUCUCUGGCUUUAUUCCCAGUAUUCUUAAUCCCUUCUGGCCCCUCCAUGUGGCUGACCGGGAUGAUUUUUGGUUAUGGCUUUGGCUUCGUUAUAAUAAUGGUUGGAACAACCAUUGGGAUGGUCCUGCCUUACUUAAUUGGGCUACCGUUCCGUGACCGCAUUCAUCGAUGGUUAAAGAGAUGGCCCCGGAAUGCUGCAAUGAUUAGGCUGGCAGGGGAGGGGAACUGGUUUCAUCAGUUUCAAGUCGUUGCGCUGUUUAGGGUUUCUCCUUUUCCCUAUACUAUUUUCAAUUAUGCUGUGGUAGUCACAAAUAUGAGGUUUUGGCCCUACAUAUGUGGAUCAGUAGCUGGAAUGGUACCAGAAGCUUUCAUCUAUAUCUACAGUGGUCGGUUAUUAAAGACGUUGGCUGACGCACAGCACCGGAAGCACCACUUGACUACUGUGGAAAUCGUAUACAACAUUAUUUCUUUCAUUAUUGCAAUAAUUACCACUAUUGCUUUCACUGUUUAUGCAAAGAAAACGCUCAAUGAACUCAAAUUGACAGGGUUGAAUGAGGAAGUGACCUCUGUUUCUGAAAAGGGGUGUUUUGAGAUGGAGAAGCUUCCCCUUGAACGGCCUAAACAUCCUAGUUGGUCGAAAUUUUCGUGACUCGUUUAUUGACAAGUUGCUUUUGAAUUACAUUUAUAAAUCAUAAUAUUUUUCCCUUUUAUUAUGUCUUUUUGAUUUUCAUAUGACAACCCCUUUUCUCCCAUAGUUCAUUUUGGGGUUGUAAUAUAAUAACAAUAUUUUGAGAACAGGUUAAAGGAGAAAAUAGAAAGAGGCCAACAAUGAUUUAUGUAAAGAGUUGAGAAGGACUGAUUGAAUUGUAUUAUGCAAUACGUCUGAGUUCCAAAUUGGAACCAUGUAUCUUGCAGAUGUAAAUUUGUGACCUCUCUUGAACUAUCCUUAUGUUGUUC